AUGGCAGGCAAAGCAUCCAAGUCAACUAAGAAACGCAGCCAAACCAACAAGGAUGACCUGGAUGUUAUUGAGUCUGGCCUCCCUGGCCAAUUUGUCGAGAUAUACCUGUCCGUUCUUGUGUAUGCCUGGCUUAUGAAGGACAUCAUUGGCCGGUUCUUCACAAACCCGUUUUGGUACGUUGACAUACAGCCAGACAGUGAGAACAUCAACAUGGAUGAAGUGCGACGUGGAACAACUGCCUUCGGGGCCGAUCUCUAUGCCUUUUGGAAGACCGUACAGCCAGGUCCUGACAAAUCUUGCCUCCCAGAAAACAAGCGCUAUUCCCAACCCUGGAGAAUGUGGGCCGUGCGUCUCUGCAACCCCUCCGAUCCCACCUGGAUGGGAAGUGAUUGGGGUGGUAAGGACUUUGGUGACAAGGAAGUUGCGCAUCGAAAGGCCAUGACCAGCGCGAUGUGUGACCAUGUCUUGGCUGGGGAGUUCCUACAGUCCAUGCUCAAACCUCUCGAGGGACCAGAACCCAUCGCGCAGAGGCGGCAAUCGCUCGACCAUGUUUAUCAACUUGCGGCUGAUAUGAGCUUUCGCUCUUGGUCGCAUGUUCAGCAUUUGGAGUUUGGGACACUGAACAACCUGAAUAAUCGGUUUUCCUCCGAGGACGCGAACCUUGCAAUGGCCUACAGAUACAAUUUGUUCACACGACGCAAGCGUUUCGAAGGACAUCGGAUUCUGUCAGUUAUGAAACCGGCUAUUUAUAUCUGUGGGGGAAUGAAUGACCCAUCUGGGAGGGAGCUUUUGAUGCCGGCGGAAGUUGUUAUAGACGUUGACCCGGAUAGGUAA